AUGGGCUUGUCAGAUCCCAAAGACGCAGGAUUUGCUGCCGACUGGUUUGGGAAACUGUUGUUGUUGAGGACAAGUACGGCAGCCUCAGAUCAGUCGCCGGGUUUGACCGACGCGGACAUCAACUUUCUCACUCUCGGCAAACCCGCAACUUGGAACCCCGCUGCUGGGGGGCUCAACCUCCCCGAAACCCGGAUCCAGGUUGCCAAUCUGCUGGCCAGCGGCGCAUUUAGCGAUACCGAGCGGUUUAUCCCCGCCAUCUACGCUGCGUCGAGUCCCGAUUACCGUAUCUCAGGGGUCGGAGACGACUUGCUGAAGAGGAGCUCGGUCUCUCUUGAAGACCGUAACUUGGUCCAAAGGCUGUUCGAAGCGCACUCGCUGCUGCCGCCCCCGUAUAGGAUCCGCAUACUUGGUGUCCUCAGCAAGUCCGAGAUUGCCACCACAUUCACCGAUGAAAUCCUUGCUGCCUUCCGCCGGAAUGCCACCCGCCAGUCCGAGGCCGCCGACGCCAUGCAGGUUGAUGGCCAACCCCCAGCCUCGAAGCCGUCAGGGCUCGAAGUCAACAAGCUCCACCGCGCGCUGUUCGAGUUCAUCAACUGGGUGGCCCGCAUCGGGCCCAGCAAGACCGACUACAACAAGAUAGGACCGCCGCUGGUAGAUCUCCUCGGAGACUUCGUGGCCGCCCAAGGCUGGCCAAAGCCGGCUCGCCUGUCGCUGGACGAGAGCGCUCUGCGUGCGAGAGCUUACGAAACGAUCGGCAUACUCUCCAAGGGCUCAUCGAUGUCGGAUAAGGAACGCAUGUCCCUGGCUGGAUGGCUGUUCCGUUCCCUCACGGAAGACCCGACCCCUGACGUCGUCGUCAACAUUGACGGCGCGCUGUCCAGUCUGGCUAGCCUUUUCAAGCCCCCGCACGAUUUUGUGGUCAACGCCCAGCUGCAGUCCAUCCUUUUGACCUAUAUGACGCUGAAAGACAAUGAAGGGGGUGUCGUCCGCAGUGCCCGCCACGCCGUCACCAAGUGGGCAAACAAUUGCCUUCUGUUCUCCGACGUCCACGCACGCUGGAUCGAUAUCCUCGCCAUUGCCGGCCGUCCCAAUGAGCGCAGCGAUGUGGUGGAGGAGGGCCAAAGGGGCCUUGACCCCUGGACCUACUACGCGAAUGACGACAAGUCACGGACCCUGCCCGACUGGAACGAACUGGUCCACAUGUUCUUCCGAGAGGCCAUCAUGCCUCGGAAUGCACCCGCUCCCUCGGCCCAGGGCCAGGGCAUGGAAGUGGACGACUCGGGAGUGUUUGUCAACUUCCCGGCAGAAUCACUCCCAGCCUUUCCCGUCGCUGUCGACUAUUGCCGACGCAUCUUGUUCCUCACCGCACUCCAAGACUUCCACAUCGAGCCGGGCUGGGAACAACGGCUCGGCGCACUGGUGGAAUCCGAUCUUGCUACUCGCCACGCUAUUCGGCGCUACUUGUCCUCUUCUGCCUCCCAAGAGCAUGCUCUCUUCCACCUGCUCCGUGCCGCAUUUGAGGGGAUGAUCAAAGAAGAGGCCAGGAUUGCUGAGCCAUGCGCCCGGGCUUUCGUCGACAUCGCAUCGUUGUCGCCGAGCGCCACCCUGGAGCCCCUGGCGUCCCGCGCCGUAGAGCUGUUGCCCUUGGUCAAGUCCAACAGAAAGGAACUCCGGAUUCUGGGCUCCAGAGCUUUUGGCAUUCUUGCAGCCCAUCCUUCCAACAGCUCAGAAGCCGUUGCUGGCUUCAGAGAAACCUUGAUCGGCGUGACAAAGAGUCUCACUACGGCGGUCGGUUCAGAGUUGAACGCGAUUGAGGGCGCGUUCCUUGCACUCGCUCAUCUCUUAUCCCGGCGCAUAUACUAUUCUCCAACAUCCGCAGGGAGCCUGACAGCCGAUCUUUCCCGUUUGUUGCCACCCCUCAGCUCCGUUACCUCGGCCACCACAUCGACUCAGGAAGCCCUGUUUGGAGCAUACUCCCAGCUUUGGACUGCAGGCGUACAAAUUGUGCCUGGGACGACCGAUGACACCGAAGAUCUCUCCGGCCGCAUAUCGGAAAUGUUCAUUGACCCCCUGGUUCAGCAGGCGAAGAGGGGCAACGAAAAGGCGAUCACUGCGCUGGGCAGACUCGCUAUCUCCUUGCCGGCAACAGAGCCGGUAGACGCAACCACGACAAAAGAUAUUCUCAGCUCGAUCCUGGAGAAGCUCUACGCUCUCCAUGAGAUCAAACAAGCCGAGGUUCACUUUGCCGUGGGAGAAGCCAUUACGGCGGCAGUUGCAUGCUGGGACGCCGAAGUCGUCCAGCUAACCCUCGAUGUGCAGAGCGAGGGAACCUCCUACCAGACGCCUAAGCGCUCCGGGCGUCUUACUGCUGUCCUGGAGAAGCUUUUGGCCGACUGCAAGGCCACCAAACCGUCGCUGCUGAAGGCUUCCGGUAUUUGGUUGUUCUGUGCCAUCCAGCAUUGCUCUCACCUGCCAGAGAUACAGUCGAGACUCAGGCAGUGCCAAGCCGCCUUCAUGCGGCUCCUUAGCGCUAGGGAUGAGCUUGUGCAGGAAACAGCAUCCCGCGGUCUUGCUUUGGUGUACGAGAAGGGCGACGCAGAGCUGAAGGGUGAGCUCGUCCGCGACCUUGUCUCGGCCUUUACCGGCACGGGGCCGCAGCUCAAGGUUGAUCAAAAGACGGAGCUCUUCGAUGCGGGUGCCCUGCCCACUGGCGACGGCAAGUCGAUCACCUCGUAUAAAGACAUUGUCAACCUGGCCAACGAAAUCGGCGACCCUAGUCUCGUCUACAAGUUCAUGUCGCUCGCGACCAACGCUGCGACUUGGUCCACACGCUCCGCCUUUGGACGGUUCGGGCUCAGCAAUAUUCUUUCCGAGUCGGAAGUUGACCCGAAGCUCUACCCCAAGCUCUAUCGUUACCGGUUUGACCCGAACCCGAACGUCCAACGCUCCAUGAACGAUAUCUGGAAGGCCUUGGUCAAGGACCCCAACGCCGUCCUGGAAACACAUUUCGACAGCAUCAUGCAAGACCUGUUGAAGAGCAUUCUGGGCAAGGAAUGGCGGGUCCGUGAGGCCAGCUGCGCCGCCAUCUCGGACCUGAUUUCUGGCCGGCCUUUCCAGACGUAUGGCCGGUACUACAAGGAUAUCUGGGCGGCCGGCCUCAAAGUCCUCGACGACGUCAAGGCCACCGUUCGCAACGCCGCCUUCCACCUCUGCAUCGCCCUCUCCACAACGCUAGUCCGGCAGCUCGAGGAAUCGGGAUCCACAGCGACCUCCAAGGCCAUGAUGGACGAGGCCCUCCCAUUCCUGCUCUCCGACAAGGGCAUAGAAAGCAGCGUCGCGGAAGUCAAGAUCUUCGCAACCAUCACGGUCAUGAAGAUCGCCAAGAGCGGCGGCGACGCCCUCAAGCCCUACAUCCCCACCAUGAUCCCGCACCUCCUCGGCCUCCUAAGCACCAUCGAGCCCGAAGCCAUCAACUACCACUACCAGCGCGCCGGCGAAGACAACCGCGAGCGGAUCGACAAGCUCCGCAGCGCCAUGGUCUCGCGCUCCCCCAUCGCCGAAGCAAUCGACAACUGCCUCCGCAGCGUCGACGACGCCGUCAUGGCCGACCUCGCCCCCAAGCUCCAAGAAGCCAUCAAAUCCGCCCUCGGUAUGCCCACCAAGCUCGGCUGCGCCCGCGUGCUAACCGCUCUCGCCACCCGCCACGCCCUCUCCUUCGCACCCUACUCCCCAACCUUCCUCACCCUCCUCGAAACCCAGACGCUCGACCGCAACGACGAAGUCAGCCAAGCCUACGCCCGCGCCGCCGCCUACGUGCUCCGCGCGGUGCCCACGCCCGACGCGAAGGCGUGCUUCGCCGCCCGCCUGACCGCGCUCUAUCUAGCAGCCGAGGACGACGGGCGGCGCCAGAAGACGGCCGACACGCUGCUGGCGCUGGCCAAGAUCUCGCCGGACCACUUCUCCGCGCUCGAGGCCGCGCUGCUGCCGCUCGCCUUCCUCGCCAUGCACGACGCCGACGAGUACGUCGCGCGCGCCGGCCGCGAGGUCUGGGACGCCCACGCCGGCGCCUCCGGCCGCGCCGCCGUGCGCCACCUCCGCGAGAUCGCCGCGCUCGCCCGCCGCGCGCUGGAUACCCCUCUGUGGGCGCUGCGGCACGCGGGCGCGCUGGCCGCCGCCGCGGCCGUCGAGGCCGUCGUCGCUGUCGGGGAGGCCGCUGGCCGGGUGGAUGCGGACGCGCUGGCGGUCGUGGAGGGCGGGUUGUGGGAGGGGAACGGCGGGGAAAUGGCGGGGCGGUUGGCGGCUGUGGUGGUGAGGGAGGCGAAGAGGAAUAAUGAGGCGUAUCGGCCGCAUGCGUUUAGGUGUUUGUGGAGGGUUGCGGCGGUGAGGCCGGAUCUGGAGAUGGUGGCGGAGAUCGCGGAGAUCGUGGCCCCGUAUUUGGUCGUGGAAGAAGAGGAGGGCGAUGCCAUGGAAGUCGACUCGGACGAGCCGAAGGGGUCGAAGGGCAGAGGAGGCGGGUUGGACCUGAAGAGCCGGACCGUGUGGGCUGCGGUGGAGGCCGUGGUGAAGGGGUACAAUCGGCCGCGGAUGAGGCAGAGUCCGGCGGCCGUGCUGCGGGAGGUUGUCCUCGCGCUGGAGUCGGCUGCCGGCAGUCAGGGCAAGGGUCUCCACGCCCAGUCCCCGUGCGUUUCGCGGCCCGAGUUCGCCGCCAUCCGGAGGACGUUCUGGUACGAGUGUGUGCGAGAGGUCCUGGAAGACGCUGUCAGCGAGGCGGCCGUGGCUGAUACCGUGGGGACUCGGGGAGAGGAUGGGCGUGAGGUCGUCAUGUGGUUCCUCCGCACGCUGGACCUGGAGGCGGAUGACCUGGGCACUGAGGAGCAGCGUCUUGGCAGGGCCAAGGCCCUCAAGGCCACGCUGCGGCUGGGGAAGUCUUUAGCUGGACUGGCGGAGGAUGGCGAGUGGAAGGCCGAAUUGCGGGAUGUGGUUGAGAAGGCUCUGGCGAGGGAGAGGUCUCUGGACGUGCAGAAGGCCUGGAGGGAAUGUCUGGAGUUGUUGAAGUAAGACAGGCUCGUAUGUUUAGGAGUAACCACCGUCAAUGAAGGCCUGUACGUCUUUUUCGGUUCUGAUU